CUAAUUCCUAACGUCGUCAAAGUGUGAUCAUUGCAUUGCGUUACUGUGUACUUUUCUCAAACUUUCAGCUUUACGGCAAAGCUAGUACAACAGGCCUAUUUUACAAAUCUCAAUGCGUCCGCCGAUCGCUUUAGAUGCUAUUUUGAAUACAUCCCUCUGUGUACAAGACACAAACUAUAUUUUGGUUAAAAAAAAAAGUAACUUCUUCCAAAACUUCCGCUGAGGGCGCGCACAGUCCUGAAACAACCGCGUCCUCUGCUGCGGCGGAGGAUACACAGCCCUCCGCCACAAGAGCAGACAGAUUUGGGGAGUGUUUGUAUCCUUGCUGGGGCGCGGUGAUGUCAUCGCAAACUUCACUCACUCCCCCAUUCAGAGGCAGACAGAGGAAUUCACUGACAGAUCUGCAAGCCCUGGUUUCCGAGGGCGAGUGGGAACUUCUGAAAGUAACCAAAACAAUGAACAGGAGUUUUAAUAAAUCCCAGUCCUUACGAUACUUGGACUGCACGGCUGUUGAAGUAAAAAGCAAGUAUGGGGCAGAAUUCCGGCGGUUUUCUGUGGACCGAUUCAAGCCUGGCAAAUUCGAAGAGUUCUACAAGCUCAUCCUUCACAUCCACCGGAUUACCAACAUGGAGGUGAUGAUUGGCUACGCUGACAUCCACGGGGAUCUGCUGCCGAUCAACAACGACGACAACUUCUGCAAAGCCGUGUCCACGGCCAACCCUCUGCUCAGAGUCUUCAUACAGAGACAAGAGGAGGUCGACUACAGCGACUUUGGCACCAACACCCUGACGCGGCGGAAGAAGGCGGUCGUUGCGUUGCGCCCCGACGUCAUCAGGAAGCGGCCUCACAUCCGGAUUGGCCUGCCUCAGGACUUCCGCCCCGUGUCGUCCAUCAUCGACGUGGACAUCCUGCCAGAGUCCCACCGGCGGGUCCGGCUGUACCGCCAUGGCUCGGACAAGCCGCUGGGUUUCUACAUCCGGGAUGGCACCAGCGUCCGCGUCACCCCGCACGGCCUGGAGAAGGUGCCGGGGAUCUUCAUCUCCCGCAUGGUGCCGGGGGGGCUGGCGGAGAGCACGGGGCUGCUGGCGGUCAAUGACGAGGUGCUGGAGGUGAACGGGAUCGAGGUGACGGGCAAGACCCUGGACCAGGUGACGGACAUGAUGAUCGCCAACAGCCACAACCUCAUCAUCACCGUCAAGCCAGUCAACCAGCGGAACAACAUCGUGCGCAGCAGCCGUAUCUCCGGCAGCUCUGGCCAGUCCACGGACAGUGGCAGCUCCACGGGCUUCGCCGGCCUGCCGCCCGCGGGCACGGGGCACAGCUUCCCCGCCGACGAGCUGGAGAGCGACGAGGAGUCCGACAUCGUGAUCGAGAGCAACCUCAAGCGC